UCGUAUCAUUUUGUAGCUUCUGACCAUACCACAGCCACACCACCACACCAUUGUUGCAUCUCUCUGCAGAAUCUCAGAGUGGCAGGUGGCUAGUUUUAUUAGAUGAUUAUAUUAGAUAGAUAAGCCAGCUAGGGGUUAAGGUGUCACAUGACUAACUAAUGAGGGGUAUUAGUGGGAUGAGAAAGAAAGAGGGAGAGAGAAAUGGGAUAAUGGGUAAUCAAUUACAUUCUGAAAAAAAGAAGGGGGGGACUUGCACGUACAAGCUAGGCUGAAGGUAAAAAAGGAAGGCACACAAGGUUUGGAAGAUAUCAAGAUCUUAAGGAACACCAUUCACAAAGUUUAAACACAAUAAAUAAAGAGAACAAGCUUGGUAGUGAACCAUUAUAGUCCCUUUGUUCUCAGUCUGCAACAUCUGAGAUGGAUGCGAAGAAUGUAGACAUUGACGAUCAUGCUUCUUGGCCUGAGGCUAUUGAAUCAUAUUUUAUUAGUCUUCUAUAUGAAGAGGCCAAAAAAGGAUUACAAACAACAACCUUGGACAAAAAAGGAUGGCUAAAAAUAGAAAAUGACAUAUUUAAUUCUUUUGGAAAGAGAUAUAAAACGCCUCAAUUGAAAUCCAAAUUCAAUCGGUUGAGAAAGGCACAUCGAGAAUUUUCUCAUCUUUUGGAACAAACUGGUAUGGGAUGGGAUACUCAAACAAAAACUGUUACAGCAAGUGAUGAAGUAUGGGACACUUAUCUAAAGAAAUAUCCAAAUGCCAAGAGAUUUCGAAAAAAAGGAUUGCAACAUUAUGAGAUGCUUGGAGAAAUAUUCAAUAAUACAACAGCCACUGGUGGUAUGAGUUAUGCCUCCACUCAACUUCCGCCUUCUUCAGUUGAGGAACGCCAACAAGAGCGUCAUUUUGUUGGCACUGGAGCACAUGUUGAUAUUGAUCUUGAAUUUGAUGGUGAUAAUUAUGGAGAGGAAGAAGAAGUUACUGGUGUACGUCGUCGAGCUACUUCUGCUCCACCAGAUGCACCAAAACCAAAAGAGAAAAAGAACAAAUGGGCUAAUUCUGCCUUCGACCAAGUGAUGGGAGAACUUGCAAAAAGUAUUUCUGCUAAGACUGAGGCAUCAUUAACACGGAGUGAGACUAUGCGUAAGUAUUAUGAAUCGAGAGAAAAAAGAAUUAGUGAGGAAACCAGCAAUGUCACUAAUUCUUACAAUGUGGAAGAUUGUCAAAGCAUUCUUGAUGGUAUUCCAGAUCUGGAUAACAAAAUAUACCUCAAAGCGUUGCAUGAGUUUGUAGCAACCCCAGAAUGGCGCGGAAUAUUCAUGAGAAUGAAUGAGGAGCGUCGACGUGCUUAUCUUGAUUCAUUGUUGGAGUGAUUUAAUAUUGUUUAUUUAUUAUGACUUUAUCUGUUAUGAACUACCAAACCAUGAACUUUGUCUGUUAUGACUUUAUCUUAGAUAAUGUGUAAUGAACUUGACUUGGUUUUUAUUGUCG